AGUAAACUUAGUGAAUAGUAUUGUCGAAUAAUAACAUAAUAAAAAGCUUUCUGUUAUCGCACAAUAAUUUCUACUUUUAAAGAAAUUAAAAAAAAACAAUCAUUAAACCUUACAACACAAAUGGAAUUAAAUCAAGAUGGUUGUAAUGAAUUUGAUUCUUUAAAAGUUAAAAAACUUUCGAGAGAUGUGCUUAUUACUCUUGCUGACGAGUUACCGCGUGAUUGGAAAACACUUGCUCGUUUCUUAAACAUAAGUGAUAUAGAAAUAGAUAGAGUUUUACAUGAGUGCAGUACAACCAGAGAACAAAUAUAUCAGAUUUUCAAUAACUGGUGCAUAAAUAAUCCAAACAAAAGUUGGAGGGUCAUAAAAUCUGGAUUGGUUUUUUGUAAACGAAAAGAUGUCAUCUCUGAAUGCGAAAAAAAACUAACCGUACGUUCAAUAAUUGGUAUUCAAAUUUCUUCAGAAAAUUUCUUUUUACGCGAAAAGUUAAUUAGUGAAAUUCAUCAUUAUUUAUCACAAGAUACAAAAAACACUUUAGUUUUGUAUGGAAUGUCAGGUGUCGGAAAAACACAUAUUGCCAGAAAAUAUUGUGAAACUUUUUACAACUUCUAUGAAAAUUUUGUUUGGAUAGAUGCUGGAUUUGAAAAGUUACAAACUUCAAUGCAUAAUCUUUGUCAAAUAUUAGGAAUUAAUAGUCAUGAUUCGAGAGGUGAAUACUUUAAUAUGGAAGUGAUUGUUGAAAAAAUUCACAACUAUUAUAAAAAUGAAAAGACUUUGUACAUUUUUGAUAAUGUUGACGACGAAAGUGUUAAAAAUUUUAAAAUGUAUAUUUCAAGCAAACAAAAUUCAUUUAUUUUGAUUACUUCACAAUGGAGGACGUGGUCGAACAAUGUAAACAAAAUGCUUGUUGAUGCUUUCUCUUCGGAAGAAGCCUACGUUUAUGUAAAGAAUAAUCUUAAAGGUAACGCUGAUGAAAGCAUAAGAAACUUAAUUAAAGAACUUGGUUAUCAUCCGUUUGCUAUUACUCAAGCUAUAAAGUAUAUAAAUAUACAUAAAGUUUCGAUAGAAAAAUAUAUAAAUCGAUAUAGAUCAAAACCCUUAGAAGUAUUAGACACUGAUAUCUUCCCAACCGAAGAAGAAACAAAGUCUGCAAUAAAAGCAAUUAAUUUAGUUUUAUUAAAAUUAGAGAAAGAAAAAACUAUUCCAUUUGAAAUAUUAAACUGUUUAUCUCAUUGCGACGGUCAAAAUAUCAGUAAACAAUUUAUAACUCAAAUCUCAAGUCACAUGAAAAGAAACGAAGAAUACUUAAUAGAUGAAGCUAUUGGAUUACUAAUUAGUUAUUCUUUAUUAAAUUCGCUUGGUAAUGAGAUAUAUUCAAUGCACGAACUGACACAAUUGUCAUGUAAAUGUUUUCAAAGUAGAAAUUCAACUAUAAAUAAUUAUCUUGAUCUAAUCCAAAAUUAUUUUAAAUUUCAGUUGAGCGAAGUAAAAGAUCACAGGGAUUACGGAACUUUUUUUGUUUUUCACUUUCUCCAUGUUUUUCGUAUCAAUAACAAGCAAAUGUCAAAAACUUUCUAUCAAAUGACAACUUCUAUUAAAAAGUUAUUGUUAUGUAAAGGUUUAUUUAUAGAAGCAAUCGAAAUUUUAACAGCUAUUCAAAAAUAUAAUACAAAAUCUUAUGGGGAAAAUCAUGAAUUUACGUUUGAUACAAAACUAAACAUCGCAAGCUGUUUGUACGAAAUGGGAAAAUAUAGCGAAGCUUUAGAUAUUUAUUAUUCUGUAGAGAAAAUACGAGCUGAAAAUUUAGGUAUCAACCAUCCAGAUACACUGGCAACAAAACAUAAUAUUGCAAGCUGUUUGUACAGUAUGGGAAAAUAUAACAAAGCUUUAGAGAGUUAUUGUUCUGUUGAGAAAAUACGUACUGAAAUUUUAGGUAUAAAACAUCCAGAUACAAUGAGAACUAAACAUAAUAUUGCAAACUGUUUGAAACAUAUGGGAAAAUAUAACGAAGCUUUAGAAAUUUAUUAUUCUGUUAAUGAAGUAGAUACUGAAGUUUUAGGUAUCAACCAUCCGGACACAAUGAUAUCAAAACAUAGUAUCGCAAACUGUUUGAAUAUUAUAGGGAAACAUAACGAAGCUCUAGAAAUUUAUUAUUCCGUUGAGAAAACACAAACUGAAACAUUAGGUAUCAACCAUCCAAAUACAAUGACAACAAAACAUAAUAUCGCAAACUGUUUAAACAAUAUGGGAAAACAUAACACAGCUUUAGUUAAUUAUUUUUCUGUUGAGAAAAUGCAAACUGAAAUUUUAGGUAUCAACCAUCCAAAUACAAUGACAACAAAACAUAAUAUUGCAAGCUGUUUGUACAAUAUAGGAAAAUAUAACAAAGCUCUGAAAAUUUAUUGUUCUGUUGAAAAAAUACGUACUGAAAUUUUAGGUAUAAACCAUCUAGAUACAAUGAGAACUAAACAUAAUAUCGCAAACUGUUUGAAAAAUAUGGGAAAAUAUAACGAAGCUUUAGAAAUUUAUUAUUCUGUUAAUAAAAUAGAUACUGAAGUUUUAGGUAUCAACCAUCCGGACACAAUGGUAACAAAACAUAAUAUUGCAAACUGUUUAAACAAUAUGGGGAAAUAUAACGAAGCUUUAGAAAUUUAUUAUUGUGUUGAGAAAACACAAACUGAAAUUUUAGGAAUAUACCAUCCAAAUACAAUAAUAACAAAACAAAACAUUGCAAACUGUUUAAACAAUAUGGGAAAAUAUAAAGAAGCUUUAGAAAUUUAUUAUUCUGUUGCGAAAAUACAAUCUGAAAUUUUAAGUAUCAACCAUCCAAAAACAAUGACAAGAACACAAUUUAUCGCAAACGAUUUGCAUGAGUUCAAGGAACGUAAAAUAAAAUUAAGAUUAAAAUCAAAACGUAAAGUUACAGUUGAUAAUGUGGAAAUAUUAUUAUAUAAGAAAUCAAGUAUUUGUGGAUUAAAUAGCAUUCUGUUAAAGAAAAUUUCAGAUGAAGGUAUCAAUCAUCCAGAUACGAAGAUAAUAUCGUAUCUGAAUGAUUCUAAUACCGCAAACUGUUUCGACCUGUGUUAUAAUUCUAACGGUAUUAUAGAAACUGAACUUUUAGAUAUCAACUAUCCGCAUACAACGAUAACAAAUAAUUAUAUCGCAAGCCGUUUGGAAAAUAGGGAAAAAAAUAGCGAAACUUUAGAGAGUUGCUUUUAUGAUGAGAAAAUACGAACUGAAAUUUUAGAUAUUAAUCAUCCAGAUACCAUGAUAACAAAGCAUAAUAUUGCAAAUUGUUUAAACAAUAUGGGAAAAUUUAACGAAGCUUUAGAAAUUUAUUAUUCAAUUGAGAAAAUGCAAACUAAAAUUUUAGGUAUCAACCAUCCAAAUAUAAUGAUAACAAAACUUAAUAUCGCAAACUGUUUGAACAAUAUGGGUAAAUAUAACGAAGCUUUAGAAAUUUAUUAUUCUGCUGAGAUAAUACAAUAUUGCAUAACUAAUGAAACUAUGCAAUGUAUCAACCAUCCAGAUACAAUAAGAACAAAAUAUAAUAUCGCAAACUGUUUGGACGUUAUGGGAAAAUAUAACAAAUCUUUAGAAAUUUAUUAUUCUGUUGAUAAAAUAGAAACUGAAAUUUUAGAUAUCGAACAUCAGGAUACAAUGAGAAAAAAGCAUAAUAUUGCAGGCUAUUUGAAAAAUAUGGGAAUCUAUAACGAAACUUUAGAGAGCUGCUUUUCUGUUAUAAAAAUACGAUCUGAAAUUUUAGGUAUCAAUCAUCCAGAUACAAUGAUAACAAAACAUAACAUCGCAAAUUGUUUGAGCAAUGUGGGAAAGUAUAACAAAGCUUUAGAAAUUUAUUAUUCUGUUAAGAAAAUUCAAACUGAAAUUUUAGGUAAAUACCAUCCAAAUACAAUGGUAACAAGACAUAACAUCGCAAACUGUUUGUACUAUAUGGGAAAAUAUAACGAAGCUUUUGAAAGUUAUUGUUCUGUUGAGAAAAGACAAAUUGAAAUUUUAGGUAUAAACCAUCUAGAUACAAUGAGAACAAAAUAUAAUAUUGCGAACUGUUUAAAACAUUUGGAAAAAUAUUACGAAGCUUUAAAAAUUUAUUAUUCUGUUGAGAAAAUUCAAACUGAAAUUUUAGGUACCAACCAUACAGAUGCAAUAAAAACAAAACAUAAUAUCGCAAACUGUUUGCGUGAUAUGGGAAAAUAUAAGAAAGCGUUAGCAGUUUAUUAUUCUGUUGAGAAAAUACGAACUGAAUAUUUAGAUAUAUACUAUCCAAAUACAAUGAUAACAAUACAGUUUGUCGCAAACAAUUUGCAUGAAUUCAGGAAAUAUAAAAAUGCUAUUAAAAUUAUUUUUCCUGCUUUGAAAACACAAUCUUUAAACUUUGGUAUCAACCAUCCAGAUACAAUAAAAACAAAACAUAAUGUCGCAAAUUGUUUGGACAAUAUAGAAAAAUAUGACAAAGCUUCAGAAAAUUAUUAUUCUGUUGAUAAAAGAGAAACUGAAUAUUUAGAUAUCAACCAUUCUGAUACAAAGAUAACAAAGUAUAAUAUCGCAAGCUGUUUAAAAAAUAGGGGAAAAUAUGACUAA